CUGCUACUGCGCCCGUCCAGCGGACGCCCGCGGAGCGCCCGAGCUGAUGCAACUGGCCACUGAGUUGGCAGAGAAGAGCGAGCUGAGGAAGGCUCGAGGCGGCGUGGAGGGGCAGAGCUGGCUGCUGCAGUCCUGCUACACUGCGCCCCAGUCCGGGGAGGAGAGUAAGAGUAAGAGAGAGAGCGAGAAAGGCGCUGCUCUGGCGGAGGGAUACGCCGUUCCCUAUAAAAAAGGCUCCGCGCAGCCUCACACCUACAGCAUUUCUGGCAAAGGGAGGAGGAAGCGACGCUGUUCGCUGCCGAUUGCCUUUUGCACCUUCGCCAGAGCACAGAGAGCUAACGCCGCCAACCGCAAUGGCCGAUCAGCUGACCGAAGAACAGAUUGCUGAGUUCAAGGAAGCCUUCUCUUUAUUUGACAAAGAUGGUGAUGGCACCAUCACAACCAAAGAGCUGGGGACUGUCAUGAGGUCGCUGGGUCAAAACCCUACAGAAGCAGAAUUGCAAGACAUGAUUAAUGAAGUGGAUGCUGAUGGCAAUGGCACCAUUGAUUUCCCAGAAUUCUUGACCAUGAUGGCUAGGAAAAUGAAGGACACUGACAGUGAGGAAGAAAUUCGUGAGGCAUUCAGAGUUUUUGAUAAGGAUGGCAAUGGUUACAUCAGUGCAGCAGAACUACGUCAUGUUAUGACAAACUUAGGAGAAAAGUUAACAGAUGAAGAAGUAGAUGAAAUGAUCAGAGAAGCAGAUAUUGACGGAGAUGGACAAGUUAACUAUGAAGAAUUCGUACAGAUGAUGACUGCAAAAUGAAGAGCUCUCCUUUCACCUUUUUUUUCCUCUAGAAGAAUCAAAUUGAAUCUUUUACUUACCUCUUGCAAAAAAAAUGUUCAUUUAUUCAUUCUGUUUCUGUAUAGCAAAACUGAAUGCUGAAAUACCUUCUGUCCACAAACUGCAUGUAAUGGUUGGUGGUCCUGUUCCCCAAAAAAUCAAGUUAGCCAUCAGUUUUUUUUCCAAUAUAAAUAAUUGUACUGCCUUUUAAAAAUAAGAAAGCACUUAGUGAACUCCUCAAAAAGUUCCAUUUGCUAAUAACUAUUACUCUGUUUGGGCUGGCCAGUUUUUCAUGCAUGCAGCUUGACAAUUGAGCACAGUCAGACAUUUGUAUUAAAACAGUUUUAAAAAGGAGAAAAACCUUAAAGGGAAAAAAGCCUAAUCACUCUUUUGUCAAAAAGUGGGUUCUGGCUGAAUCUGUAGUUAUAAAAUUGUCAAAGCUGGUUACUUUCAAAAUUGUUUUAUACCUCAGGUGGUAUGCAGCAAAGUGGCUGAGGACUGGAAAAUGUUUAGAGGCAUCCCCUCCCCCCUCCCCAUUCCCCAUCCAAGGUGGAGAAGGCUCACCAAUAUGUAGCUGUAGUUUGUUUCCAAAAGCAAAUAGGUGGCAUUUCUGUGUUAACUACAUUGAUUUUAAAAUUGUCUGCAUUGCACUAUUGUGGAACGGAUGUUGGGCCAUUACCGUUCUAAAAAGUUUUAACAAAAUCUUUACCAAAGGGCAGGAGCACCUUUGGGUACAUGCUCCUUCUCUCUCUCUCUCUCUCUCUCUCUCUCUCUCUCUUCCUCUCCCUCUCCCCCCCUUUCCCCCUCUCUCUGUUUCUCUCCUUGUCUCUCGUUCUUUCUCUCUUUCUCUCUCUCUUUCUCUUGCAGUUUUAAAAUUUACUGUACCAAGACUUGGAGCUGGCAGAGGAGCCUGUGGACUUCAGCACAACUAUCAACAUCGAUGUUCAAGAUAGUACAGUUAUGUCCAUUCCAAGUUGUAAAUGCUAGUCUUUUUUCCAAUAAAAGACCAUUAACUUAAAGGUGGUGUUACAUGCUUUGUAAAAGCCGAAAAGAUUUAUCUCUAUACAAUUUGAGAGAUUAAACCAAAAAGGAAAAAAAAAGAAAAAAAAAGGUAAGGCGGCAGUACAAAAGAAAAAUGUGUUCUGUGAAUGACUUGCUGCUAAAUUAUAAUGCACAUGUAUGCAAUAACUUAACCUGUUUAAUGUUUCUUCAAGAUGGCAAGAACUGACCUCUUGUAACCCAAGACCUUUGCUAUAAAUAAAUGAACUUGUGCUUGC